AUGGAUCUCCUCUUGAAUUUGCUAAGAAGCGAGCCAUCGAAGAAUUUGGUUCUCUCGUCAAUCAACGUUGAGCAUGCAUUUGCAAUUUUAGCAACGGCUGCUGCUGGAAAAACAAGAGAUGAAAUUCUCAAAAUGACGUCCCAAGAAGUCGCCAAGACCGCCCAACGAGUCAAGUCGUUAGAAGCCCUCUCCACCGUCCAAUUGGACUCGAAAAUGUUCACUUGCUUCAAACCAAAAACUGAUUUUUGGAAGGCUCAUUUCACAGCUUCGCAUGACUACGUCGACUUUACGGAUCCCAAAACAGCGGACGAAAUCAACUCCUGGAUCGCGAAAUCAACGAAGAAUAUGAUCAAAAAGCUGGUCGAUGCUUCUGAUUUAGAUGCAUUAACAAGGAUGAUUCUCGUCUCAGCGAUUUUCUUCAAGGGCUCUUGGCAAACACCUUUUCGAAGAACAUUUGAAGGCAAAUUUGAUGGUGGAAAGCACACGGUUCAGUACAUGCGGCACAAUUUCAAGGGCGUCAUGUACAAUCAGACCGGACAAUUCCAAGCCAUUUCCUUGCCCUAUUCAAGCGACGGUCUUGAAAUGACUGUUGUGCUGCCGAAAUCCGACCUUCUUUCUUUCGAAACAUCUCUCACCGGUGGAAAGAUCAAAGAAGUAUUCGCUGGUUUGAGAAAAACGCGAGAGGUGAACUUUCAAAUGCCAAAGUUCGCGAUCGAAUCCGAACUAGAUCUCAAAAAUAUCUUUGAAAAACUGGGCUUUGGGCAUGUCUUCUCUUCUGCCAUGGACGACUACUCUCCUUUGACCGACGAAUCCGUCUUCCUUUCAAUGGCUAAACACAAGGCGAAGAUUGAAGUCAACGAGGAAGGAACAGUGGCUGCGGCGGCGACAGUCGCGAAAAUUAUGCUCAAGUGCAUGGUGAUUCCAGAAGAAUUCGUGUGCGAUAGACCCUUUCUAUACUUCAUCCGAAAAGAAGACGAAGUCAUUUUCGCCGGGCGAUUUAUGCAACCCUAA